GCAGUCCUGCGGGCUACGGGCCACUCUGCCGCCGUGAGCCGACACUACGCCCGGCCAAUUGCCUCUAAUGACACCACUCGAACGCGUAUCCGUCCAAUCAACUCUUAAGACAAGAGGAUCCUUCAGUCUGCUCGGCGGGCCGACACUAUCGCACCGUUAGUGGAUUGCUCUGGACCAGAAUCAGUGAAUACCGAGUGAUUGUUAUGAAGUGAUGUGUAAUGUUAUGUGAACCAUGAACGCAGUGCUGCCCGUGUGCAACGAUAACAUUCCUCGUGGGAAUCUUCACGUCCCAAGCCAAAGCAUUCCUGUAACGAUGAUUGAUUGAACUUUAGUGAACUCACAAAUUGGACAUCAUGAAUGGGAUAACCGCAGCGGCUGAGAAGCCGGCGACUGGCGUCGAGGUACCGCUGAAGGAUGAACCCAAAGCCAAGAGAACGGGAGUUAAGGAGAAACUCAUGCAGAUUCGGUCGAAUAUAACCGUCGAACCUAUCAUAGCUUGUUAUAUCAUGUCCAACGUAUUCUCAGGACUUGCAGUGCAGAAUUUGAAUUUGGAAAAAGCGUGUAGGGUUAAUUUAGGGUACUCUGACGAAGUGUGUUCCGCGCUCAAUAGGCGACAAACAGAGAACUAUACAUUAGAGGAAUCUGAAGUCCAGAAGUUGACCGCGUCAGUGCAAGCGUGGAAAAAUAUCGUCCAAACUGCGUUCCCUUGUAUUUUAGUGUUGUUUGUCGGUUCGUGGAGCGACAAGACGGGGAAGCGGAAGGCAUGCAUACUGUUGCCUAUCGUAGGGGAAGUGUUGUGUUGCACGAGUUUCAUUCUAAACACAUAUUUCUUCUACGAAUUACCUCUGGAAAUAACGGCCCUCUCUGAUCUGUUUCCGUCACUAACCGGAGGAUGGAUAACAGUGUGCGUCGGUGUAUUCAGCUACAUUGGUGAUGUAACCACAAAAGAAAUGAGAACAUUCAGAGUAGGAGUGGCCAAUUUGUGCAUGUCCCUCGGUAUACCUAUAGGCAUGUCCCUGAGUGGCAUUCUGCUGCAACAGAUCGGUUACUACGGCAUAUUUUUAAUAUCGAACUGUCUGUAUCUGACGAGUUUGAUAUAUGGAUACAUACGAUUGAAGGAUCCGAUCAUAUCAUCAGACAGACAAAGAGAACAACCUGUGGGAUGCAAAGCAUGGGUGUGUUCGUUCUUCGACGCCCGUCACGUCCGGGAGACAUUGACUGUCGCCUUCAGGACAGGUCCCCGACGAAGGAGACUCAGGGUCUCUCUGCUGAUUGUCGUGGUCUGCGUUAUUUUUGGACCGUUGCAUGGUGAAAUGAACGUGCUGUACCUGUUCAUGAGGUACAGAUUCAACUGGGACGAAGUGCAGUUCAGCAUGUUCUGUACCUACAGCAUCAUCACCAACUUAGUGGGUACACUAUUCUCCAUCAGCAUCUUCAGUGACUUCAUGAAGUUGGAUGACACCGUGGUCGGCAUCAUUUCGUGCACCAGCAAGAUCCUCGCCUCUUUCAUAUUCGCCUUCGCUACCACCACCACCGAGAUUUAUAUUGCGCCUUUAGUAGAAAUCUUCAACGGGACAUCGUUCAUUGCGAUGCGCUCCAUCGCCUCAAAACUUGUGAACAGUGAGGAAUUAGGUAAAGUGAACUCUCUCUUCGGUCUGGCUGAGGCGAUGAUGCCGUUGGUCUACGGUCCUCUCUACUCCAGAGUAUACAUGGCGACCCUGACGGUGUUACCAGGCGCUGUGUUCCUGCUCGGAGCGGCUAUGACUGUACCUGCUGUGGCUAUUUUCGGAUGGAUGUAUUUCGAACAAAGGGAAGACAACAAACAAGUUGAGGAGAUGGAGAACGUGAAUAAAGACGUGUAGUGGCCGCGGUGACCGACGGACUUAACGCAUUUAUUUUAUUAGUGAAAGUGUUAUUGGACAUUAUUACAGUGUUGAAUAAGUGUGAUUGUUUAAUAAAAUCCUGUCGAGUUUCA